AUGCCUCGCAUCAAACACUUGCUUCACUCUGUAGAGAGAUACUUGGAAACGGGAGACGAGGAAGGCGAAGACGCAGCACUCGAGGCAUUCUACUCCAAACUUGCUACGUCAGAACUUCAAGGUAGCGCCAAAGCCGAGGCCUAUGAGAAGGGUGUGCUCUUAUUCUUCGAGCACGAAUGCUACGAGGGUGCUUUCCACUUGUAUGACACCAUGACCGAGCAGGGGCUGCUACCAACGGCUGCACUGCGUGCCCGGAUCCUUGCGCUGACUAUGGUGCUGAAUCUAAAGAAGAACGCGGAAUUGCUCGAAGGCUUCAAGAAGGUAUUCGCGGAAGGGCUCGUCGACCAGCGGACUCUCCGAGAACUGCUUAUGUUCAUGGAGCGCGAAGGGUCUGCGAAGCUUAAAUUCAUUCGGGAUGUUGCUAAUCUAUAUGCUGAGUCACACGGCCCGGAAUUCAGGUUUGGUCCACAGAUGUCCAGCUACCUUAUAUACGUGAACUUCUCCCUAGGAGUCACCAAAGACGCUGCGAAGGUGAUCGAGCAGUACUCCACAAUCAGUAUGGAGGAAAAAAAGCCGUUGGAUCCUGCGCCGUACACGACAUACCUAGACGAGUUGCUACGAAGGAAGGAGUACGCCGGUGAAGACGUUGACGCAGUCUUGCAACAGAUGGACGCGGAUGGCGUGCAGCUGGACAUCCCUGUCUUCAAUGUCCUCAUCUCCUCCGAAGUCCGCAAUCACCGCUACGACAAAGCUUUUAUGCUCUACCAAUAUCUCCUUUCGAAUCGCACUAAAGAGUUAUAUCCGGACGAUCACACUUACACGGCGCUCUUCAAAGCACUCUUCCUCCUGCACAGCCCACGGAGCGCGCUCACCCGCCGCGACAAGCGGCCGGCGAAUAUGAUGUCUCCGCGCGAGCUCUUUUACAGCAUGCUUGCCGCCCACGUCUCGUCAACUUCCGCAGAAGGACGUGUCCGUAUGACCCGCCCCUCGGGAAUCGUGACGACCGCGGUUCUCAACGCCGCGCUACGCACAUUCUUAAUUGCGAGCGACUAUCCUGGAGCAUUCGUUGUGGCACGUUCUUUCCGCGCUUGCGGGGUGCCCCUAGACGAGAAGACGUUCCGCAGUACGCUCGAUAUUCUCACCCGGAGCAUAUUCCGCUCUGCACGGGCGCGCCCAAGGGACCCUGUACGACGCUGGAUGAACCGUUUCUUAGGGUAUCCUCUAGGGCCAGCGUUAAAGGCUGACGCCUCGGAGGCGGAGGUAUUGGCCAUGAUCAUUGGUAUUAGUCGUGAGCCGAGGUUGAGUCUACAUUCCGCGGACUACCGUCUGCCGGAUUUCCAGAAGGAGAUGACUGCCGCUUACGAGCGGGAAUUGGUUUCGAACGUGGCGCAAGCCUUGCAAAAGGAUGACGGGCCGCGGCUCACGAUAGACGAAGCGCGCUCCUUCCAAGAUGUGUUCAAAGACAUAAUAGAACCUGAGGAAUUGAAGAAGAAAGAUGAACCGCAGCAUCUGCCUCUGUUGGCGUCUCUUGGAGAGGAUGCGCCACCCCUCCCUGACACGUCUGAGGCAGCGCCGUCGCUGGAUUUGACGAACUUGGAGAGGAUACUUCGACGCGCCGUCUUGGCUGCUCUGCCUGACGGUGCAGAGUUACAAGCUGCAAAAUCCGUCUCAGCGGCAAUAGCGGAAUCGAAAAGAGAGAUGGUACCACCCAAACCUCACCAUUCGCGGAAGGAACAGAGCGCGGAUGCCCCAGCAGACGAAGCUUCACAGUAG